AUGAAAUCAAUGCUGAUACAGGCAGAUGGAAGACACGCCAAGGUUAUCGAUAGCAUUAAAAAAGACAUUGACGAUAUCCCAGCUAUAUUACAACGCAUGAAUACUGAUUCAGACGAUACAACGAAUACUAUACAAUCGAAAUCCAAGCAACUGAAAUCAACCAUUGACGUCAUUGCACAGAAAAUGUCGGAUCUUUGUAAGAGCCAAUAUAAACACUCCCAGUCUGAACUUACAGAGAGAGAAAUCACGUUGAAAGAAAAGUUGAAGGUAGUGACAUCAUUCAGAAAUUCUAUUGAUACCCUGCUUAAAUGUGAAGACCGGCUGGACGUUAUUCAUAAGGGCCAAGUGUUGAUGGAGACUAACAGUGACAAACCGAUUUAUCCACAACCGGAACAAGCCUCAUUCACGCCUAAGCAAGAAGACAUGUCCGAUAUUAGCAACAUUAUUGGACAAGUUAAAAUAGCCGACAUUCCGAUACCUAAUCCUUAUGAUGUGGAAAAAGCAUCUGAUAUAUUAGGAUCUCUUAGACGAAGUCGACAACUGAAAAUGAAAGCUUCAUUUCGCCAUUCACUGACAGCCGGUAUUUUACAAAUAUGUCCUUCUAUACAGGACCAAUCAUUGCUUGCAUGCUGGGCAGAACACGUCAUAAAAAGUGUGAAUGAAAGCGGGAAAAUUCUUCGAUCUAUACCCAUAAGGUCUCAGCCAAGCUCUAUUUCCUAUCAAAAUGGUGUCAUUUUUCUCGCCUCGUUUCUUGAAAAAUGUGUGAUCCAAAUUGAUCCAACUGACAAGUUGGAUACACUUUUUGAGACAGAUUUACAUCCCAACGGUCUGUGCUGUUUAUCUAGCAGCAUGCUUUUGGUCUCCUUACUAGAGCAUGGCGAUCACCACCCAUCGGAAUGUAGCAAACGACUGCUAACAAAGUGCACCGUUGACGGAAAACAAGUGAUCACUGUUGAACGUGACGGUCAAGGCAAACGACUUUUCAAUUGGCCCAUCAGAGUGCGGACAAAUACACUCAACGAUUUGAUAUUAGUUGUCAACGAAACUGGAACUGAAUCCUCCCAUAUCGUUAUGUUGGACAAUAAUCUAACUUACGAACUGAGGUAUUUAGGAAAUGGAAAAGUUAUCCGCUGUGAUCAAGACUUCCAUCCUGCCGAUAUAAUUAGUGAUUUCUAUGUAGAGGAUGUUGAUUUUGACAGUCAGAACAACUUAGUUAUUGCCGAAUAUCAUUCAAAAUCCAUACAUUUCCUUAACACUUGUUGCACUAGACUUAAAUCUAUCGCUACCUUCACGGAAACCAUGUGGUCAUUAGCUAUCCACCAGAACAAUGAUAUUUGGAUUGGGUUUGAAAACGGCGUUGUCAGAGUGAUGAGGUGA